UACCAGUGUGUUCCCGACGGAAGGAAUUCGUGUAACACUCAUUGAACAGAGUGUGUUCACAUUACCGCUUGUUCUAGUAAUGUAACGCAUCCUUACAAGAGGAGAAGCAAAUAACAUAUGUGUUGUCAGAUACGUCCAUAUUUAACGCCAUGAUGGAGGCGGUGUUCCAGGCACCCAAACGGCGGCCCAGAGUGUAUGAGACGUACGACGCCCCGUUUCCGGUCCCUCUUGCUGCGGUGGAUGCGAGGCUGCAGCAGACCCUAAUCUACAGAGCAGAUAUGGUCAACCAGCAUGUCGUUGUCAGGGACCCUGACCACAUACAAGCUCUCUACGGCAAGGGUUACUUUGGUAAAGGCAUCUUGUCAAGAAGCAGACCAGACCACAGUAUCUCACACCAAUGGGAAAAGUUUGGUGAGAGAGUUCUACCUGUCAUCUCCCUGUUCAAGUACCAGAAGCAUUUGAGCUGGGCACGGGACGUACUCCUAGCUCAAGGAUUGGAGGAGGAGGUUGUCAAUCAGAUGCUGCAGAGACUUAGUCAGCCAAUGGAGCCAGAGCUCAGAGAGGAAAAUGGAAAUGAUGACUGCCCAGCCAGCCCUCACAGGAGUGAGGAAACAGGGUCAGGGGCAGGUAAACCCCAGGAAGUGGCCUCAGAGCAGGCAGGGACAGGGAGACAGCAGGGCCAGGCAUCAGCCUCCUGGAGCCCAGAGGAGCAGGGGGAGCAGGACAGUCAGUGUCCCCAGGCUAAGAGGCCUAGGAGUCAAGGAGAUGGUCGGUUCGACCCACUGUCUGAGCUGUACCCCCAGGAGCCCCAGCAGAUAGACCCAGCGGCCCUGGCUACGGUCCGAUGCCCCAGGCAUGAUGACUGGCUGGUUGACUGUGGCUGUCGCCUGGACGACAGCGUGCUGGAGACCCUCACCCUGCAGAGAGACAGACAGACAGAGGCAGGCCAACAGGGGGCAGACCGUGGGUAUGAGUAUGUACUGGUGAUGGAAGAGGAGAAUAGUGUUGUCAAGCAGGGCAGAGCAGGGCCAGGGACGACACUGAGGAGAGUGUGUAGAGUCAACCCCUUCAGACUGCUAGAGUACCUUCAACUGACUCUGGAGGAGGCUUUCUUCUUGGUCUAUGCAUUAGGAUGCCUUUCAGUUUACUACAAUGAGGAGCCAUUGUCGGUGCUCCAGCUGUGGGAGAUGUUCCGGUCGGUUCAGCCCCACUUUGAGACGUCAUACAUGGCCUACCAUUACUUCCGCAGCAGGGGGUGGGUGCCCAAGCCUGGGGUGAAGUACGGGACUGACCUCAUGCUUUACCGAAAAGGACCACCUUUCUACCAUGCAAGUUAUUCUGUGGUGGUGGAGAAGGUAGACCAGCCAUGUGGGGGAGGGGCUCUCCGUCCGUUCAGCUGGAGGUCUCUGGCUGCUCUCAGCAGGAUUACCGGCAACGUUUCCAAGGACUUGAUGCUGUGCUACGUCAUCUACCCACCUCACCUGACAGAGGAACAACUCUCCUCUCCAGACUGUCUCUGCAGGGUCAAAGUUCAGGAGAUUAUUUUAAGCAGAUGGAUAUCAUCACGAGAGCGGACAGAGACGGACGACAUAUGACUUAUUUUUUUUUGUCUGCUGCUGUGUAAAUAUACAGCACCUUCAGGAAGUAUUCACACCCUUUGACUUGUUCCACAUUUUGUUGUUACAGCCUGAACUUAAAAUGGAUAACAUUUCAAUUUUGUGUCCCUGGCCUUAACACAAUGCCCCAUAAUGUCAAAGUGGAAUUAUGUUUUUAGAAAUAUUUUUUUUAAAUAAAAAUGUAAACUGAAA